ACACACACACCUCUCGCGCGUGCGCGCCCGCGCAUACUCGCAGCAUGGUCAAGGAAGGGACCACCGACGGCAGCGGUGCCCGGCGCGGGCACGGCGGCGAGGUGACGAUCACGGCCGUGACGACGGUAGCGCCGGCGCUGCCGGUGCAGGAGCACCGCCUGGCGCUGUCGAACCUGGACCUCAUCCUGCCGCCCAUCGACGUCGGCGUCUUCUUCUGCUACGCGGACCCCGGCGGCAGCAGCGGCGCCGCCACCGUGCUCAAGGCGGCGCUGGCCAAGACGCUGGUGGCGUACUACCCGCUGGCCGGGGAGGUGGUGGCCAACGCGGCGGGCGAGCCGGAGCUGCUGUGCAGCGGCCGCGGGGUGGACGUCGCGGAGGCCAGCGCCGGCGACGGCACCGACAUGCGGGACCUGCGGCUUGGCCUGCCCGACGAGAGCGUCGAGCAGCUCGUGCCCAAGAAGAAGGCCGGCGUCAUGGCCGUGCAGGUGACCAAGUUCGGGUGCGGCGGCAUCGUCGUCGGCUGCACCUUCGACCACCGCGUCUGCGACGCCUACUCCUUCAACAUGUUCCUCGUCGCGUGGGCCGCGGCCGCCCGGGGCGGCCCCGCACCGCCGGCCCCGUCCUUCCGCCGCUCAUUCCUGGCGCCUCGUCAACCAGCGCCACCGUGCACGGGCACCCUCGCCGACCGCCUCUUCGUCCCAGUCAGCCUCGCGCCGGCCCUGCCGGACACCGCCGCCGCCAACCGCAUCUACCGCGUGUCCGCCGCAGACGUGGCGGCGCUGCAGGCCGCGGCGGGGCCGGGGCGCACGAAGCUGGAGGCGUUCACGGCGCACCUGUGGGGGCUCCACGCCCGUGCGGCCUCGCGCCGCCGGAUCGGGUCGUGCUGCAUGGGCGUGGUCGUCGACGGGCGCACCCGCCUCCGCGGCGGCGACGGCGCCAUGGGCACCUACUUCGGCAACGUGCUGAGCAUCCCCUACGGCGUCAUGGGCGCCGGCGCCCUCCGCGGCGCGGCGCUGGCCGACGUGGCGGGCGACGUGCACCGGUGGGUGGCGGAGGCCGCGACGGGGGAGCACUUCCGCGAGCUGGUGGACUGGGUGGAGGCGCGGCGGCCCGAGCCGACGGUGGCGAGGGCGUACCUGGGCCGCGGCGAGGGCGGCGAGGGCGCGACGGCGUGCGUGGUGUCGUCGGGGAUGCGGCUCCCCAUCGGUGAGGUGGACUUCGGGUGGGGCCGGCCGGCGUUCGCGUCGUACCACUUCCCGUGGCCCGGCGGCGCCGGGUACGUUAUGCCGAUGCCGAGCGCGCGCGGGGACGGCGACUGGGUGGUGUACGUGCACGUGGCACCGGAGGUGGUGGAGGCCAUGGAGGAGGAGCCAACGGUGUUCAGGGCGCUGGACAGUGGCUACAUGUUCGGGUGAAGUGUCUGCUGGCCGCCGGUCGGAUGGGAAUGAAAAUGCUGGAACGAGAUGGCGCCAUCGUGAGUGACAUCGUUGCGUGUCUCUUGUUCGUGUUUUACGUUGCUUUGGGCUCCAUCCCUGUACGUGUGUGCUGUGUAAUGUGUACCUACGUGCCGUGGUGUUUACGUGGAACCACACGCGGCCGGGGACAGUAAAGAACAGAAGACAGAACUACUGCUGUAAUAAGUGUGGUAUACUGGUAGUGGUAUAUAUCACAUUACCUGAUCAUCAAUGGGAGUAUCGUGUAAGUAUCUGAUGAUGACUGAUGAGGCAAUGAUAAAGCAUUCACACGAAUACAUUGUGGACUCAAUUUAUCUUUUUGCCACCGCGUGGCUCCUCCUCGGGACGGCUCGGGCGGAACACCAGCGUCCAGCGCCGCCUCCCCUCCUCGCCGUCACCCGAGCGGCCGCCGAAACCCGUGCGGCCACAGGGAAGGCGGCGGCAGGGCUCCACCACCCUCGUCCUCUCCUUUCCUCCCCCUUGUGCUCUCUUUGGUGGUGAUCAUGGCGGCGGCGGCCAUGGCUGCGGCAGUUGUCGCCGGCCGUCCGCGACCGGAUCCGCCUAGGGUCUGGCUAGAUCCGCACCCUCGGCCGCCGGAUCUGCUUCCCCAGGGCCUCGACGUGCUGGGGAUUUGUGGCGGCUGCUGCUUCUUGCGGCGGCGACGGCGGGGCCCUGCUUCGGCGGCGCGUGCGUCGGGCGCACGCUUGGCCCGGCUACGGUGGCGCCAGCGGUAGGUGCGUGGUGUUACCCGGCAUGGGCGGCGUGGCUCGGCUAUAGCGGCCGGUGCGAGGUGCCUCGACUGCGGCAGUGUCCGUGGCUGCCGCGCGCAGCUUCACCCAGCGGCUCCAUGGUGAUGUGGCUGGGGCUGCGAUCGGGGCCUGCGGCGGCUAGUCGCUCCAGUGGCGUUGCGGCCUACCCCUGCUGCGGACGGGCUCCUAGGUGCCGGCGUCUGUUCGAUCUGGCGCGGCGGGCGGGCUCCAAGGUGCUGAGCAGCGGUGUGUCGGUGGCACCGUGGUGGCGUGGCCGACAACGGUUUGCUUGGGCGUAUGCCAACGUUGCCGUGGUGGUGUUGUUGGCUGCGGCUGUGCGGAGGCUCACCGGUAGCGUCAUGGUAGUGGGGUUGGUGGUGCCGGUCAUCUCUUUGCACCAUGGUGACGAUGCGGGUGAAAACCCAUCCCUCCUUAGGAUGGCAUCGAUGGUGCCAUUGGCGUCAUGUCCUUACAGAAGGCGACGUCGGGCAUCUCUGGCACAGACCUUAGCUCCUGUCUAGGGCCAAACAACUAGGAUGCCGAUCUUCCCUAUCGGAUGAGGUGGGUGAAAACCCAACCCAGUUUGAGCUGGCAUCGGUGGCGUCUUUAGCGUCAUGAUCUUCUUGAAGGCGAUGUCAGGCAAUUCCAGCAAGGUGGCUUGCUUCA